ACAGGUCUCUUUGCCAUCUCACUUUUUUUUUCGCCAUUAUGAGGAAGAAAAUAAGUUUGCGCACCUCUCUAUCAUCCUUCUCUCUUCGUCCAACCACGCCUCCAAAUAAGAUCGUUUACGAUGCCGAAUCGGUGUCUAGCAAAGCGUCAACUUCCAUGGGGAAUCCGCCCCAUUGGCCUCGGCCGCUCGUCAUGUCUGAUAUCAGUGUCCAUGGGAGACGCGUGGCAGCAUCUUCCAGCCCGCUAGACCUGCCUUCAGUGAUUUGCUCCGGGAUUGCUAGCAGUGGAUACACUUGCUUCUCUCCAACGUCGUCGGAUUGCAUGUGUCGAUCGUCCUUGGACCUCGAGCAGCCGUCCAAGUCGUCUUGGAACUGUGAACCAUUUCAGUCCCAGGGUGAUUACGCCGCGCGGAUGAAAGAUCCAGGCGUUUACAUGGAAGCAAUGAAGGACAUUCUCAUUACCACGAGGACGGCACGAAGAGUGAGUGAAUCCUCACAAGACGUUCAAUGGACGACGGCAAUCAGUAGAAGACCGCUUUCGCCAACGGGUUCGACCUCCUCUACGACAAGCUCAUCGUCGCGUAACCGGAAAUCGUACAUUAUCUUGCCAGAAGUGAAAGCGGUUACUGUACACUUUCCCAGUGUUAAGCAUGUGCCUCCCGGCUAUGCUGCAACGGGACAAGACGCCGAAAUAGGGUGUAUCCCUGCACGCUGAGGAAAAGUCGGCUUGCCGUAUGAUGAUUGAGAACGACGAAGCGAUUAGCCGUCUUGGAAGUGUCGUUGGUUAUACUACUACGUUGAUUUUGUGUUGUGCACCGCUUUAUCGGCUGGUUUCGAUUUACAGCAUGUAUAUGAGACUUGAAAACG